AUGGUGAAAGCAAAAAGGGGAAACGAAGCACGAUUCACUUUCUCCAUCAAAGAUUUUAAAGGGGAAGAUAUGGGCGAAAAAACAGUGGCUAAUGUAUAUGAGGAAACUAAAGUAAAGAUUCUUCGUUUCUACAUGUACACAAAGAAAAAAGAGGAUGAGCAAGAUCUAUCAACUGACGUGGUCCAAAACCAGCCUAACAAUGAAUCGGCAAUGCAGUCAAUUUCAACUGAUGAUUCACUACCAGAUCUAGACACUGUUUCAUCAGAGGGCGAGGAAGCCGAAAUUGGUGUUGAAGACCAAAAUGGUGAAACUGUAUGCAGCAUGGUCACAUACAAUGGCAUGGAUUCUGGUGAAGAAAGUGACUUGCCAGUAUUUGACAUACCAAGGCAGUCCAACAGGAACCUUGUGCAUACUCGGAGUGUCCAGCCACUCUCCCUCCAGCCUCCACCCCUUAGACUUGAGGCCGUGCGCCAUUCAGAAAAUCUUCACGAGAUUUUGACCAGACUCGCGUCAGUGAUCAAUAAAGAACGACGGAACAUUGUAAAUGUCACAAGACAUAAUGUAAUGUCAGGUGGCAUCAGAGCUUUCAACAGGCCAUCUUUCAACCCUGAAAACGGUUUGUCUGUUAAGUUUGCUGGGGAAUAUGCAAUAGACGAUGGCGGUCCAAGCAGGGAGUUUUUAAGAUUGCUUAUGAAAGAAAUAUCUUCUCUCCCCAUAUUUACCGGUGACGACACAAAAAAGAUGCUAGAUUUGAAUUACACAGCUCUACAAAGCGGUCUCUACUUGACAGUGGGGAAGAUGAUAGCAUAUUCUGUAGUACACAAUGGACCUCUUCCACGGUGUUUCAGUCCACUGCUGUUCAGCACACUUGUUGGCGACAGCCAAAUUAGGCCAAAGAUUGAUGACAUCCCAGAUAUACGAAAUGCAGAGGAUAUGUCUUCCUUCCUGGACGCCGUAGGUUGUGCUGAUCAACUUAUCCAACUCGCUGGUUGUUACUCGCUUACUCUCUCCGUUGCAAAGAAGGAAGAACUUUGUGAUGCCUUGAUCCAUUUUAUUCUGCUAGGCAGAAUCAAAGAGUGCCUAGAUCAAUUCCAAAAGGGACUGGCCACUUUGGGAGUGCUUGCAGAAAUGCGUCUUCACAGCAAAGAAGUAAAGGAACUUUUCUGUUUCGAUGAAAAGUAUGAAUUGAAUGCGUCCGUGCUUGAAAUGGUGUUCCGUGUACCAUCAUUCUCCGAAUCUGGGAGCAACAGGCGCAGAAUGGAAGAAGAGACAGUGAGCUAUUGGAUGGACUAUCUUCUGGAUGUAGCGGAGGGCACAGAAUCAGUUACCCUGAGGGACAUAUUGGUUUUUGCGACUGGCGCGGGAUCCAUUCCUCCCCUUGGUCUCCAUCCGCAGCCGCAGCUGACAUUCCACACUGCAAUGGAAUGCAACCCUGAGAACAGAGAGAACUUCCCUCGAGCUAACACAUGUGCAAAUGUAUUAGACAUUCCAAUGAUCAGUAAUUAUAACCUGUUCAAGAAAAACAUGAAUGCUGCAAUCGGUGUGAAUAUCUUCACUUCCGAGUGA